AUGGCUGAUAAUAACUUUGGAGGCGCUUCCAGUAACAAUGCUACUGCGAAUAUUUACGCUAACAGUCUGCAGCCAAACAGAAGGAACAAAUUCCCCAAAGAGCCGACCGCAAGAUCAAAAGACAAGAAGAAAGUAACGCUCUCCACCACCAGCCAACACAGGACCCAGACGAUUUGCCGUAGAUUGAACGAGAAGAAGUUGAAUGAGAGCUGGGAGAAGCUGGCAGAGGAGACAAAAGAAAUGCAGCAGAGAAUUGAAGCGAUAGCUGCGCGUGUUGACAGGGUAGAGAACAAUGGCACAAAUGCUGGCGACAGUUCCAUGGAGGUCACCCGCGAAAUCUAUCGUAUAGAGGAACCGCCAUUCCUUACUGCCACCAUCGAGAGUACGAGUGAAACAGUGGACAAGCUACCAGUUCUCACUGCGAGCAUUGAAAAGGAGGACGCGGUACAUCGAGGAGAGGUGACUAUGAACGGGAGCAUACAGGCACAAGUGGAAACCGGGGAUGUGGGUAGAGAUAUGGCUGUUGCCUAG